GUCGUACUUCGCAGACUCGAGUCGGCCCGCGCACUCGAGUUGACCGAGCCAUGUCCUGGCUCACGGGCAAGGUGGCCUCGUUGGUGCGCGAGGGCCCACAGCUCUCGGCGGAUGAGUUGGCGCAGACCUUGGAGCAGCGCGCCAAGGCACUCAGCGCCCCGCGCUCCGCCGCGUGGCUCCUGGGGCACUGGCUCGAGCAGUGCAACGGCUCGGAGGUCUUCGUGCUGCCGCGCGGAGGUUCCGAGUGGCACAUCGGCUUCCAGCAGGUCCUUCUGCGCAGCAGCGCCUUCGAGCUGGUCCUGGAAGCUUGCGCCAAGCAGAAGCCGCUCCGCGAGUCCCUGACGCCAGGGCCCGGCGCUUCCUCCCAGCUCCUGGAGCAAAGCAAGCAGCUGCGCCAGUCUCUUCACAACAUGGCGGAGCGCUUGCUGCUGCCGGGCGCGCUGGAGGUUUGGCCCUCGCUGCUGGACGCUUUGCUCACGGAGCACCGCGCGCCGCUGCCCUGGGACGCCUGGGCCCGGCGCCUCCUCGGCGCGCUGAAGCGGCCCUGGCAGCGCGAGGCCUUGACUCUGCAGCUGAACCGCUGGGACCAGCGGGCCGCGGACCUCGCCGGCGAGGCUUCUAGCGGCUACAGUGAGGGCACUGCCACCAUGAUGGCAGGCGGCGCCACACUCUCCAAGCAGGGUAUCCGCGCUGAGAUGAGCCGGAGGCGGCUGCCGCAGCUGGGCGCGGAGGCGGCGCGGCGCCGCCUCCGCGCGGAGCUGCUGUGCGCGGCUCUGGAGGCGCUGAGGGCGGCGCAAGACCAGAACGGCGCCGGCUCCCAAGAGAUCCAGCACCUCAUCGCGGAUGCGGGUCUUGCCAUGGAGUCUCUGGACAGCGGUCUGGACAGCAGCGCGGCGCACAGCGCCUCGCUGAGCUCCGCGCUGAGCGACUGCAGCGGGGAGCUGCAGCGGCAGAUGGCCGCGGUGAUGCUCACCCAGGAAGCCUUCGUGGAGCGCCGAGGGCGUCUCCAAGACGAGCGCCGGCGCCUGCACAUGCGCCUAGAGGAGUUGGACGCUGAAGUCACCCAGCUCGACACGGAGGCGCAGAGGUGCAACGAGCAAAUCCAGCAGCUGCAAGCGCAGUUCAGCCAGAACACCAGCCACUACGGCGGGCUGCUGGGCGGCAGCAGCUCGGCGCAGCAGCGGCUGAGCCACCGGAAGUCCAAGGCGGGAGCCUUCCAGAGCUGCGCUCGCGCGGCCCUGGAGCUCGCGCGCGCGGAGGAGGCGCGCCGGGCGCCGGAGCUCUGCGCCCAUCUCCGGCGCCGGCGGGCAGCUCUGGCGAAGCAGGCGGCCAGCUACCUGCGCCAGGAGCGACUGCGCUUGGGCGCCAUCGCCGAUCUUGCCAGUGAGAAGUCGCCAGGCGCAGAGCCCGAGGUGGAGCUGGCAGCGCAAGCGCAGGAGGCCUGGCGCAGCGCGCAGGCGCUGCUGCAGCGUGCGCAACAUCUGCUGGAGGCUGAGGAGGAGGAGACAGAGGAGCCAGAGGACGCGCCAGGCGAGGAGGUGCCGGAGGCGGAGGCGCUGGCGUUCUUCAGCCGCGUGCCGGAGGAGGACAAGAUCUGCGCUGACUGCCUGAGUUCGGCGGAGUGGGCGUCAGUGACCUACGGCAUCUACCUGUGCGUGGACUGCGCGGGGCGGCACCGGGGCCUCGGGGUGCACCUCAGCUUCGUGCGGAGUUUGGGCAUGGACCGCUGGACCGCCCCGCAGCUGAGGCGCAUGGAGCUGGGCGGGUCCCAGCGCUUCCGGGACUUCAUGGCGGCCUACCCGGCGCUGGACUCGGAGCUGGGCGCCCGCUACGGCUCCCGCGCCGCCCGCUUCUACCGCCGGGCGCUCACCGCGCGGCUUUCCAACCCCGCGGGCGCCGCGGGCGGCGAGGGCUUGCCGGCGGCGCCGGCGGCGGAGGAAGGCCAGCGGCCGGCGGAGACGGCGGAGGUGGCGGCGGAGUCGGAGGAAGGCCCUUCGCUGGCCUCCGAGCAGCAGCUGCUGGAGACCACCUUCCUGGAGCUGCAGGGCAAGCUGGCCGCGCUGGCCUGACAGGCGAGAGGCUCGCGUGCCCGACGCAUCGGUGAGCCGAGCGUGAGCGGGGGCGCCGACAUGGGGAAUGUAUGCUGAAGAGAGAGAA